CUCCGUUUACUAAAAACCUGAACAGGCAUUUAUUAUGUGGUUUGGUUAAGAUAUGUGAAACAAUUAGUAAAUUGCGGAUGCAUGUAUUUAGCGACCUAUUUCCGCGUCCCGUUUAUUUUAGGAGUUGUUCCUGUUUUACCGGAAUAGAUAUUUAAGAAAGUGGGUUUCUAGCUUCGCCGUCUAGUGUGGACACCGCGGCCCCUCUAUAAUAAGUGGUACAUCAUUUAAUUAGAGAGUGAAGUGAAAUAAAAAUUGUGUUUGUUGAAGGAAAGGCCGCCUGAAUGCAGAGCAGGGAGAAGAUGAUCACAGAGCAGCUGCGGAAUCCGAAUGAGCUGGACAUCAGCCUUCGGAUGGAGUUUGGUCCAUUUGAAACUGUGCACAAAUGGAAGAAGUUGUCCGAGUGCUAUGAAUUUGUUGGAGCCAAACGGAGCAAGCACACGGCGGUGGCCUACAAAGACGCGAUAUACGUGUUCGGCGGCGACAAUGGCAAGUUCAUGCUCAAUGACCUGGUCAGGUUCGACAUCUGGGAGAUGUCCUGGACCAAAGUAGGCUUCCAGGGCACCCCUCCGGCUCCAAGAUAUCACCACUCUGCUGUUGUGCACCGCUCGUCCAUGUUCGUGUUCGGCGGCUACACGGGCGACAUCCUCGCCAACUCGAACCUCACCAACAAGAACGACCUCUUCGAGUUCAAGUUUUCUAGCGCGCAGUGGGUGCAAUGGAAGUUCCAGGGACAGGAGCCAGUGCCGCGAUCAGCUCAUGGCGCAGCAGUUUAUGACGACAAGCUUUGGAUCUUCGCCGGCUACGACGGUAAUGCGCGGCUCAACGACAUGUGGACCAUCAACUUAGUGGGUGACAAUCACCAAUGGGAGCGCGUGGAACAGAAAGGGCAAUGCCCGCCCACGUGCUGCAACUUCCCCGUGGCGGUGGCGCGGGGCAAGAUGUUCGUGUUCAGCGGCCAGAGCGGCGCCAAGAUCACCAACGCGCUCUUCCAGUUCGACUUCGAGACGCACACUUGGAGCCGCGUGUGCACGGAGCACCUGCUCCGCUGCGCGGGCCCCGCGCCGGCGCGCCGCUACGGACACGUCAUGGUGUCGCACGGACGGCACCUUUACGUGUUCGGAGGGGCUGCUGACAGCACUCUGCCCAGUGACUUGCACAGCUUCGACCUUGACACGCAGAUGUGGUCUGUGGUGCACCCGGCGCACGACUCCCAAGUCCCGGUCGGCCGCCUGUUCCACGCCGGCGCCGUGGUCGGCGACGCGCUCUACGUGUUCGGCGGCACCGUCGACAACAACGUGCGCAGCGGCGAGCUCUUCUGCUUCCAGCUGUCCGACUACCCGCGCUGCACGCUCCACGACGACUUCGGCCGCAUCCUGAAGUCCCAGCAGUUCUGCGACGUGGUGGUCCUGGUGGGAGUUGAUGAGAGCUGUGUGUUAGCCCACCAAGCCCUGCUAGCUGCACGGUCCACUUACCUACGUGCCAGGAUACAGGAAGCGCGCGAAGAACUAGCCCGACGUAUAGACGAGGGCCUCGAAAAGCCCCUAGAAGUAUAUGACUACAAGGCGAAGCCCCGUCUCACUCUAAAAUUACCAGAAGCCACUCCAGAAGCGUUCGACAUGGUGCUUAACUUCAUAUACACGGACCGGAUCGAUCCGAGCGAGAAGUAUGAGGACCCCGAAAAGCCCUCCACCAUCCUCCAAGUAAUGGAAGUCCUCCGCCUAGCGCUACGCCUGAACAUUCCUCGCCUUCGCGGGCUCUGCGCUCGCUUCCUAAAGGCCAACCUUUGCUACAGCAACGUGUUACCAGCUCUCCACUCCGCACACCACGCUCAGUUGCAUUCUGUUAAGGAGUACUGUCUCAGAUUUUUAGUAAAGGAUUACAACUUUACGCAAAUAGUGAUGUCGCCAGAAUUCGAAACAAUGGAAAAGAGUCUGAUGGUGGAAAUGAUCCGUCGUCGGCACCGACCACAGGCCAAACCACCAGCGCCGCAGGAAAGCGACGAAGAUAUUAUAGGAACAACGCUCGAGCAAGACAUGUGCGUGUUCGUGGGCGGCGCGGGCGCGGGGCUGAGCGACGUGCGGCUGCGCGUGGGCGCCGCGUGGCGGCCCGCGCACCGCUCCAUCCUGGCCGCGCGCGCCGCCUACUUCGAGGCCAUGUUCCGCUCCUUCUGCCCCAGCGACAACACCGUCAACGUGAGUGUACACACAGACACGGCGUGUUCGUGGCGGCCCGCGCACCGCUCCAUCCUGGCCGCGCGCGCCGCCUACUUCGAGGCCAUGUUCCGCUCCUUCUGCCCCAGCGACAACACCGUCAACGUGAGUGUACACACAGACACGGCGUGUUCGUGGCGGCCCGCGCACCGCUCCAUCCUGGCCGCGCGCGCCGCCUACUUCGAGGCCAUGUUCCGCUCCUUCUGCCCCAGCGACAACACCGUCAACGUGAGUGUACACACAGACACGGCGUGUUCGUGGCGGCCCGCGCACCGCUCCAUCCUGGCCGCGCGCGCCGCCUACUUCGAGGCCAUGUUCCGCUCCUUCUGCCCCAGCGACAACACCGUCAACGUGAGUGUACACACAGACACGGCGUGUUCGUGGCGGCCCGCGCACCGCUCCAUCCUGGCCGCGCGCGCCGCCUACUUCGAGGCCAUGUUCCGCUCCUUCUGCCCCAGCGACAACACCGUCAACGUGAGUGUACACACAGACACGGCGUGUUCGUGGCGGCCCGCGCACCGCUCCAUCCUGGCCGCGCGCGCCGCCUACUUCGAGGCCAUGUUCCGCUCCUUCUGCCCCAGCGACAACACCGUCAACAUUCAAAUAUGCGACACGGUGCCCUCAGAGGAAGCGUUCGACUCGCUGCUGCGCUACAUUUACUACGGAGACACCAACAUGCCUACUGAAGACUCGCUCUACUUGUUCCAAGCACCGAUUUAUUACGGGUUUACUAACAACCGUCUCCAAGUAUUCUGCAAGCACAAUCUACAGAGCAACGUCACCCCGGACAACGUAUUAGCGAUAUUACAAGCGGCGGACCGAAUGCGCGCCGCCGACAUCAAGGAAUACGCGCUCAAGAUGAUCGUGCACAACUUCUACCAGCUGGCCCACCAGGAGUCCAUCAAGAGCCUCCCGCAGCCGCUGCUGGUGGACAUCGUGGUGGCGCUGGCGUCGGCGCGGCGCGCGGACUCGCCGCUGCCGCCGCGCGCGCUGCCCGCCUCCGCCUCCGCCGACACGCUGCCCGACGACGAGCACCGGCGCAGGGACCACCCCGGCUACUGGUAGUGACCGUGACCCUGCACUGACCACACCCAUAGGCUCGACUUGUCGACACGGCCGCGCUCGCUUCCCAAGUCGUCGACACGUUGGCCGGCGACGACCGUCGCAGGAAACCAAACCGUUCCAAAUAUUUAUGGUUGUCGAUAGUCCUAAGAAACCAGACCAUCCCAACUAUGUAUGGUUGUUGAUCAUCGUAAGAAACCAGACCAGACCUGCUUACCAUCAGGCGGGCCGUAUGCUUUUUUGCCACCGUCGUAGGAUUUAUAAAAUCCAACUAUGCAUGGUUAUUGAUCAUCAUAGGAAACCAGAUCAUCCCAACUAUGUAUGGUUGACAAUCAUCAUAAGAAACCAGACCAUCGCAACUAUGUAUGGUUGACGAUCAUCGUAAGAAACCAGACCAUCCCAACUAUGUUUGGUUAUCGAUUAUCGUAAGAAACCAGACCAUCCUAACUAUGGGUAGCUAGACCGAAUGAAACAUUUGUCGUUGCUGUAUUUGUAAAUUCCGAUAAACGUGGCCAGACUAUAAAUUUUGAUAAUUUCACGAAAUGCCAUUUUAGAAUUCUUGAUAUGGUUAGGUGAGGUUUGACUUCUCAAUGAUGGGGCCAACUGAUCAUUUCAUGAAAUGAUAGCAACAAGAUCAGGCCAUAUAUGGAUUUUUGAACCAAAGUCAUACCAAAACUAUUACUGGUUUUAUUUCCUGAAAAAUUGACGGAUCACAUAGCGGAAUGUGCAAGCACGAUACAAAUAUCUAUUAGAAUCUUAGAAUAGAAUAGAAAAAUAUUUAUUGCUAAAACCCUCUACAUAAAACAUUAAAUAAAUAAUUGAAGCUUAUAAAAUCUCUUAGGUUUGUACAUGAAUAAUAUCCACAGCCGCGCUCGCUUCCCUCGUCGUCCGCCGUCGCCGCCACGUUAGUGAUGGUACAAGAAUAGUUUGGAUUUCUAAUAGUUACAUAGUCAAUUAUUAGAUUACAAUUAUAGGUAAGUUAUUGACACAAUUGAUUUGUAUAUAAAAAAAGAACAUAUUAUAUUCAGAGUGAAAAGAAAGAUAUGUUAUGUUAUAAAGAUUAAUUAUGUAAAUUUACUAGGUACACAUAUAGAUAGGCAAUUUAUUUGUUAGCUAAGACUGCAUUUAUUAUAUUAUUAAUGCUUAUGGAAGAUAUGUUUUAAAUUUUACUGAUACUACAUAAUGUUUUAGCAAAUUAUAUACAGGACGUUAAAACGUUAUUUAUUUUACAAAGCGGCAGGGUUUUUGUUUAACCCCUCGUGCUAAUAGUGACUACGCCUUUACGCGCGGGUAUGGCUUUUUUUAAUGGCAGCACACUUAUUGUUUAAGAAAAUACAAGACGCAUGUUAACAGCACUAAUGAGGCAACAUAUUUUUAAAAGAGGUAUAUAAUGCCACGAUCUCUCUUUGAUACCUGUUUAUAGUACAUUACGAUACAAGUGCGAAAAAUAGGAAAGUCGAAACAAGUGGAGAUAUAAUAAAACACGACCGAAGGGAGUGUUCUAAAUCGACACGAGUUGCGUAAUAUGUUAAUUUUCGCACUAGUGCGGUAAAUUAGCACCAUAUGUACUGUAAAAUAUUAUAUUACGAAUGUUAUUUCUCUAUUCCUUGUGUUUGUAAGGAUGUAGUGGUAUAUAGAUACAUGCGUCAAGUCACUAUACUAUAAAAUUCCAUUUCGGAAAAAACUAAACUGACUGAUUUUGAUGUUGAUCGCUUCAGCAUAAUAUAUUCUAGGUUUAUAGGUUUCGGUUUUUUGGAAAAAUACAAUUUAUAUAUAUGAAUAACUUAUUAAAGUUUUGGCUCAUAUACCUUAUAAACAUGUUUACUGAUUCAUUUCUUAUUCGAGAUAAUGACAAAGGCUAGGUAACGUCCAAAUUGAUUAUAAUUGUAUCACAACAGGAAUUUAAAUAUCUUUCGAGAAGCAUAUUAGUAUGCACUUUAUUUACAUUUUUUAUGAGAAUUUGUGAGUGAGAUUUACUAAUCUAGUCAUUUUAAUGUGUAUUGAAGACACCAUAUUACUACAUCUAGCAUGACAUUGUUGUUAAGUAAUAACUAGUAAUAAGUGACAAAAAUAUAUCUUAAAACAAAUGAAAUAACUUGUUUAUUUUUUAAGUUAUAUUUAAUUAAAUCACAUUGUUCUCAACAAAAUUAUCUAAUAAAUUAAUCCAUUUGA